UAAUAAUAAUAAUAAUAACAAACAGCGUACCGUUUCUUCGCCCGGGAUAACUCGAAGAUUUAAUGACGUUUGACAAGGAGACAUGACAAAGUACGCCAAGUGGUUCGCAGUCGUGGCUACUGUGGGGGCGGCCGCCUGUUUGACAAUGUGGAUAAGCAUGCCGACGCCAAAAAUUUUCCCGGUAUACACUCGAAUCGACCUCGAACCGCCGGUCUAUGUCGACGACGCCUCAUCAGGAGUCGAUGUCCACGCCAGAGAAGUCGACGUCAAUUCGGGAAGAUUCGACGAUUCAAGGAAAGUUGAUGGAAAUCCCGUAGAUUCGAGAAAGGUCGAUGUUAACGGGAACGGCGAUUAUGUACAGGUCGGUGUCGAUUCGGGGAAAGUCGACAUCUAUCCUAAAAGUGUCGAAAAAGUGGCCGGAAAGGACGACAAUCUUCCAGAAAAGAUUGGUAAGGACACAAGUGAAGACGAAUCAGUACUCUGCAGUCAUAAAACUCUACGGACCCCUGACGCCUUCUUCAAGUUCCUUUCCAACACUUCGUCCGAAUGCGAAAGCCUUACCCAGUUCCCCCCCGGAUACCACCCGCACCACAACCUCAGAGGCAACUGGGUAUGUACGACCCCGAAAUACCUGUCAAGGGGUGACUGUCUCAUCUAUUUCUUCACUGAUGGACUAGACACUUCGUUCGGCCUGAGAGUUCACGAACAGAUGAGUUGCAAGGUGUUCAUUUUUGAGCCGCAUGACAAGGACGAUCAGUCAAGCCGUUCUGCCGCGGUUAAAAUCUAUCAUAAAACCAUAAUGACACACCAGAAUGCUAAAGGAAAGAUAAAGAUGCAUAAGACUAGUUCCAUAUAUAGAUUGGAACCGUUCAAUGAGAGUUUCAUGUGUCAGUUAACCGGCAGCAUGCUCCAACCUAUCAGAGGAAAGGCUGGUACUAGGUAA